AUGUUUGCGCGUGCGACAGUGUGCAACCUGUUUGCCGUUGCCAAAAUUUUUUACGUGCUCCAAGCAUUGUGCAUGUCAAGGGCUAACAUACAACGUUUACACAGAGUACUCGCGGUGUUUGUAUGGGGUUCAAGCUGGGAGCGCACCAGUCGCACUAAUCUCUUUCGUUCGGUUAAAAAUGGAGGAUUAGGUCUGGCACAUUUGUUCAUUAGGCAGAUUGUGUCGAGGUUUGUUUACUUACGGGACCGAAAUGACCCAUUUUUGUUAACUAUGUUUCAAACAAGGCUGAGCGAGGCUAUACCUGAGUUUAUUGUAUCGUCACAUCGGUGCAGUCAAGGCGGAGCGCGUGGUUUCUUAAAAGAGGUAGUCUUGGCUUUUCAGCUCUUAAAGGUUCGGUUUUCCAUGGAAUACUUAAGUAGGGUACCACGAAAGCGCUUAUAUAAGGACCUGGUAGACACAAUGUUACCGGUGCCAUUGUAUCGCUCGAUGUUCUGCACUGUACCUGAAAAGGACGUACUAAAAAGAGUAAAACGAAUGCCAGUACGCCCGUCGGUAAAGUCCUUCUUUUUCCAGCUCCACACCAAUACUUUACCUGUGAAACCGUGGCUAGAUGAAAAAGGACUUUCCGUGCCUUGGAGCGUCAACUGUUUACUAUGCCGGAAACCCGAAACAGUAGAACACAUCUUUCUUGACUGCUGGGAUGCUGUGUUCCAUUGGGACAUCUUACAGAGAACCCUAACGAAGGACUUGCCGAUUACACCAUAUGGGAUUCGUUUCCUGCCUACUCUAAAUGAAGACAAAGUACCCUAUGACAUGUUCAUGCUGGUGUCCUUGCAUAGCUUAUGGAAAACUAGAAUGGCCGUGAGACAUGCCGAAAUAAACGCCCGGCCUGUUAGAGAAUACUUCAUAGAAAGCAUUUGUCAUAUUGAGGAAUUGUACAAUUUUCAAAAAGAAAAACCAACAUGGCUCAGUGUGAUGACUGAGCUAGCGAACUUCAAGCGUUUUUAGUCCUGUGACCACCAACCAACGGCAGAGAUUUUGUCGUGACUGUUGUGUACUGUUAAAAUGUCUUGUUUUGUAUGUUGCCAUGUGGGUAAUA